GCUAGGGCGCAGCAAAGCGCCUCCCAAUUGACUUGCCAACAGUCAAAGCGACGGAAACCAACGAAGAAGAAAAAGUGCCACUCGAGCCGUAAGCCAAGUCGAAUAGGGCAGCGAUGGACAUGCGGCUCCCGCCACACGGGGGCGCCAAGCUGUCGGUGGUGGACAUGCACACGGGCGGAGAGCCUCUCCGCAUCAUCGUGAGCGGCUACCCGGAGGUCAAAGGCCACACGUUGCUGUCCAAGCGGCGUUACGCCCGCCAGCACCUGGACCACCUGCGGCGGGCGCUGAUGCUGGAGCCGCGGGGCCACUACGACAUGUACGGCGCCUUGGUGGUGGCCAGCGAGCUGCCCGACGCCCACUUGGGCGUCCUCUUCAUGCACAACGAGGGCUACAGCACCAUGUGCGGGCACGCCGUGAUCGCCCUGGGACGCUUCGCCGUCGACUACGGCCUGGUGAAGGAGCCGCGCUCGCCCGAGACGCCCGUCAACAUCCACUGCCCGUGCGGGCUGGUCAGGGCCUUUGUGGAGUACGCGGACGGGAAAACGGGCGCGGUGAGGUUCCUCAGCGUGCCGGCGUUUGUCUUCGCCACGGAUGUGACGGUGGCAGUGGAAGGCUUCGGCAACGUGACGGUGGACAUCAGCUACGGCGGAGCUUUUUACGCCAUCGUGGACGCGCGGCGCUUCGGUCUGGACGUGAGCGAGUCCCGGACCAGAGAUCUGGUGGACGCCGCCACGGCCGUCACCAAAGCCGUCAAAUUGCAGGUGAAGCUGCGCCACCCGCUGAGCGACGACCUGGCCUUCCUGUACGGCACCAUCCUCACCGACGGCAAAGAGGAGUUCUCCUCGGACGCCACCGCCAACGUCUGCGUGUUCGCAGAAGCGCAGGUGGACCGCAGCCCGACGGGAUCCGGCGUGACGGCGCGAGUGGCCCUCCAGUACCGCAGAGGUCAGAUCCAGUUGAAGCAGUCCAGGACGUUCCGGAGCGGGGCCACGGGAUCGCAGUUCACCGGCAAAGCCGUCGAGGAGACCACGUGCGGCGACUUCAAGGCGGUGGUGGUCGAAGUGGCCGGCGCGGCUUUUUACACGGGAGCGUCUUGUUUCGUGCAGGAGACGGAGGACCGGCUGAAAGACGGCUUUGUGCUCAAGUGAGCCUCUCCUCUCGCUUGCCGCUUUUUUUUCUUCAAGUCAACUUUGAAUCCGAAUUUGACACGGUUCACGUUUGCAUCAUCCGACAUUUCACCAUUUGAAAGAAACGUCAACGCUUUCCACUGCAUAUUUGAGGAAAUAAAAAGGCAAAU